UAUUGCGUAAGUAUUUUUUAAACCAAAGUCUAUGAAAAGUCUGUGAGUGAACAUUGAAAAUCUAAGCCCAAUUAUAUUUGUCUCUGUCGCGCGAAAAAUCUCUCUUGUAUGUCCCUAAGUAUAGAUAGGCUAUAUAACUUAAAGCUGUAAGUCAUUGUUUCUAUCCAUCUUUCGCCUUUAUUUUUUGCGAUCGAAGGCUUGUCUCUCUAUCCGCCACUACCACUCUCUUUCCAUUGUCUAAAAUAUCCAGACAAGGUCGGCCACAUCACGACCGUGUGUAAGCCCAAUACUUAUGUUCUAUAACUGAUUACUUGAUUAGACAUCAUUUCAUUCUUGAAUGGCGCAUACCUACAAACCUAUUGUCGUGAAUCAAGGACUUACUUAAUGCCUACAGAAUGAUACAGUAAAGUUCAAGUUAUUAAAUUUACUUUUUAAAAACAUGACCAAAGUACCGUUUAACACACUAUUUACUCGAAAUUUAACGUGACGAAUUGAAUGAUAAGAUGUGCGUUUUUUUCUGCGUUCACACCUUCGGGUUCAUUAUUCGUCUCACCGUUUACACCAAGUUUACACGCAUGUAUGUUUAAGUAGGCCUUAGCAGUUUAUUGCUGAAUUUCAAUAAAUCCUCCUUCUAAAUGACAUAUUGUCACUAAAUUCCUGUCACGGUAUUACAAGUAAAAGUGUUAUAUUUCAUGUUCUAGGCCAAUAUUUAAAAGAUGAACGAAUUACUGCAGAAACAUGGUUGUGCUAACGUAUUUACUAUCCCAGAAGGCCUCAAAGAACUCAUGGCUGAUAUAACCCGUGAGGUACUCCGCGCGCAACCAGAAAAAAUAUUCGACUUCAUAGCGAACUACCUCUCCGUGCUCAUCAUCACGCGCGAACACGGUAUCAUGGCGGUGAAGAUACUGGACGACCUAUGCGACUGCCGGCCCUCGGUGACGGAGCAUUUGGAAGCCUUGGGCUUCCCGCUGGUGCAGGCUUCUAUUAUAGCUGCAAUUAUACAUGAGGAGAUUGAGAAAACUGAGCCGGAUGAGGGGAAUGAGCACGUGAAAGAGACUCAAAUCCUGAAAAAAAUCCUGCAAAGGAAUCCUAUAGACGAGGCUAUGACCGCCAAAGUUUGCCAGAUUGCAAGAAACGCUUACCGCGACUAUUGGUAUAGGAAGCAAUUACUAGCAAAGACUUUAUCGAAAAAACCUGAAGAGCCGUGGGAGGUAGCUGCGGCGCAUACCCUCGAGAUCUACAAGAGAACCAACCCAACCUUCAGCGAGCUUAACAGAGCCACGGAAAAGAUACAGGCAGCGUACAGGGGCUACCAUGUCCGCAGAAACUUGCUCACACUCAAGGAAAAGCCCGGGCCGAAGAAGAAGCUGCCUGGCCCGCCGAUCGACGUGGCAGGCUCCAGGGAGGCUGACCUAGGACGCGUUAUUAGCUUAAAAGUGGGUCAUGACGACGUAAGCAAGAUGUUUGAGGUGGACGUCAGGAACCAGCUGGGUCUGCCCUUUGACACCACUCGCAUGCUCACCCACAUCCCUAGCGAAGACCUGAACGUGAACGAGUGCUCCUGCGAUCCCAUUAACUUUACUGGUGCGUUGUGUAAAGAGAACCAUGAAUGA